AUGAAAGCUGAGUUAAAGGGCACAACUACAACCUUUUCCUUUCAAAACCCUACUACUCUCUUUAACACACCCCACAGUCCUCUUUCAGGGGCACUUAAAGGGUGUCUUGGAAGCCUUGAUGGAGCUUGUAUUGAGAAGCUCUUACUCCACUGUGCCAGUGCUUUGGAGAGCAACGAUGUCACCUUGGCUCAACAAGUUAUGUGGGUGCUCAAUAACGUUGCUUCUCCUGUUGGUGACACUAACCAAAGGCUCACCUCGUGGUUCCUAAGGGCAUUAAUCUCUAGGGCUUCAAGAAUAUGCCCUGCGGCCAUGAAUUUCAAGGGAAGCAACACCAUUCAAAGGAGAUUGAUGACUCUGACAGAGCUAGCUGGGUAUGUGGAUCUGAUCCCUUGGCAUAGGUUUGGAUUUUGUGCAUCCAAUAAUGAAAUUUUCAAAACAAUUAUGGGGUUCCAAAGGGUACAUAUUCUAGAUUUUAGCAUAACCCAUUGUAUGCAGUGGCCUACGUUUAUAGAUGCGUUAGCUAAAAGGCCUGAAGGACCUUCUUCACUUAGAAUCACUGUGCCAUCUUGUGGGCCACAGGUACCUCCCUUGGUUAAUAUAUCAAUACAUGAAGUUGGUCUACGUUUAGGGAAUUUCGCUAAGUUCAGGGGUGUCCCUUUUGAAUUCAAUGUUAUUGGAAAUACAACUCCAUUAUCAUCUGCAGAAUUGAGCAAUGAAUCAAGUAGCUUUAAUUUUGAAUCACUUUUAAGUCUCUUGAAUCCUACUGUGCUAAACCUUAGGGAAGAUGAAGCUUUGGUCAUAAAUUGCCAAAAUUGGCUAAGAUAUUUGUCUGAUGAUCGAAAGGGAAGUCGCCAAAAUCUUUCCCUUCGGGAUGCUUUUCUUAAUCUAAUAAAAGGUCUUAACCCCCGGAUUGUGCUUUUGGUUGAUGAAGACUGUGAUCUUAGUGCAUCAAGUCUCACAUCAAGAAUCACCACCUGUUUCAAUCAUCUUUGGAUACCCUUUGAUGCAUUGGAGACCUUUUUGCCUAAGGAUAGUUGUCAGAGAACAGAAUUUGAAUCCGACAUAGGCCAGAAAAUCGAAAACAUCAUAAGCUUUGAAGGUCAUCAAAGAAUAGAGAGAUUGGAGUCUGGGAUGCAAAUGUCCCAAAGAAUGAAAAAUGCUGGUUACUUGAGUCUUCCAUUUUGUGAUGAAACUGUUAGGGAAGUUAAAGCUUUGCUAGAUGAGCAUGCUAGUGGAUGGGGGAUGAAAAGGGAAGAGGGUAUGUUGGUUCUUACAUGGAAAGGUAACAGCUGUGUGUUUGCGACAGCUUGGGUCCCCAGUGAAAUAAGGGAUAAUAUCGGUAUGGACUCAAAUAUGUCAUAAACAUAAGUGGCAAGGCCUACCAUGGAAUGGUUUGUGCU